AGGCUUGGUGGACUGGAGCUGGUAUGUUAAUCAGAGAAACAACGGAAGCCAUCAGGUGGUCUCCUGUCAGUUUUGGUGGUAUGAUAAAUCAAGGUUCCUCAGCACCACAGUGACAGAAUGGGACAUUGUGUGUGAUCGACAUUGGUUACGACAACUUGAUACAACCUUUUAUAUGGCUGGGGCAAUCAUUGGAUCUUCAGGAAUGGGAUGGCUUGCAGACAUCUUUGGAAGACAGAAAAUUCUUCUUUGCAAUUUAUUCCUGAUGAUUCUUUGUUCCCUUCUGACUGCUUUUUCCCCAGCCUUCUGGUUUUUUCUUAUAAUGCGUUUCCUCGUUGGAAUAUUCUGCAAUGGGGUGUACUCCAUCGCUUAUAUCUUAGGUAUGGAGUUUGUGGGAGCAAGUAAACGUCAUCUGAUUGGACUGAUGAUUGGCAUAUGUUUUAUCGUGGGCCACAUUACUUUGACCGGAAUGGCAUACAUGGUUAGAGAAUGGCGAAAGCUGCAGUUGUUCAUUGCUGUGCCUCCACUUGGGUGCCUUGUUUACUGCUGGUUCAUCCCAGAAUCUCCAAGAUGGUUAAUUCUGAAGAACAGAACUGUGGAGGCCGAACAGAUAAUCAGGAAAGUGUCUCACGUUAACAAAGUUGGGUUGCCUAAGACUAUCAUCCUCAUAACUAAUUCAAAGAACAAGGUACAGAGCAAAACUGUGGUACUCAAGAAACACACACUUCUAGACUUACUGAAAACUCCCAAUCUGAGAAGAAACACCUUGAUUGUGUUUUUAAGCUGGUUUUCCAUCAGCUGUGGUUAUUAUGGUCUAGCUUUAAACACUCAUAACCUGUCAGGUGAGCCCUACCUUAACUUCCUUCUGACAGGAUUGGUGGAAAUACCUGCAGCUGCUUUUCUCUUUGUGAUCGUGGACAGGCUGGGAAGGAAACGGAUCAUCCAGGGCACGGGGGUGUUGGCUGGUGUGGCUUGUGUGGCUGUGGCAUUCAUUCCUGAUGCCUUUGGAUGGAUAAAUGUGACGCUUUGCUUGGUGGGACGUUUUUUCAUCUCUAUGGGUUUUGGUGUUAUGUACCUGUACUCAGCAGAAAUAUUUCCAACAGCUCUAAGGACCACAGGAAUUGGAUGCGCUCAGAUGUUUGGCAGGCUUGGUGUCAUAGCCUGUCAAUGGGUAAUCCUUCUGGCUGACUUUUGGAGGCCAUCUCCUUUUGUGACGUUUGGCAUCAUGUCAUUUGCAGCAGGAGUUAUGUCUCUGUUUCUGCCAGAGACCCUUGGGCGAACAUUACCGGAGACCCUAGAGGAUGGCGAAAAAAUGGUGUAAAAAUACCUCUGGAGUAAUCUAAAGUAGCAAAACGUUUGGUGCUUUGAAUACUGAAAGAAACUGACCACUGUUAAUGGUUACUCGUGAAUUUCCUUCUAAAGUAAUAAACAUGCCAUAAAAACAUUACAGGGCUGCAUGGACAAUACAAUACAAAUUUGUGAUCCUUAGGUGGCAGUCAUUGCAAAGGUAAGCACUGUGCAGACAGCCCAGCUUUUUGUUGAGAGUUCAGCACAACUUGAGCUUCCUACCAGCUUCAUUGUAGUGAAUGUGAAGCUUGUUUGUCCCGUUUUAAAAUCCCAAAGCCCUUGAUGUCAUUCAUUUGAGGUUCUUUUUUGUUCUUUUUUUAAUUUUAAAGAAUUAAACUGAUUAAUUAAACCGAGAAAUUAAAAAUUAGAAUUGAAUUGAAGUCAAGCAUAUACAGUCCAAAUUAUUUUUUAUUACAGCUAUCAAUUGACUGGCAUUCAGUCCAUGUUUGCACAUUGGGAUGGGUUGUAUCUCAGUGGGACACAAGUUCUGGGAUUAGCAGGUUCAUAUCAUGAAUGAAUAAAUGGAUGAACUCCUCCUGGUUUGCUCAUUUACAACACCAAGCUUGUGUGUCAUUUUUACU